AUGAUCUCCAAAGCCGAUAAUGCCGACACGCAGCGCGCCGUGGCCAACAUCUACAACUCAUACAUCGCGGCCGCUGCAAUUGGUGCUGCGUGGGAAGUUGAUCUGUUCGAAGAGCUGCGCCAGCACGAAUACGUCCACAUAUGCGAGUUCGCAACUAAGCAGAGCCUGGACCUGAAAUCCACUCAGGGGUUGGCGGUUUCGUUGGCUGUUUUCGGCAUACUCCAGCAUGAAGGAGACAUUUUCCAGACGGGCAGAUUGUUCGACGAGGCCUAUACGCAGAAGUCCGUCUUCCACUGGCUUGCUCUCAGCUCAGGUACACUGUUUGCACGUAUGCAGUACGUCCUUCGCAAGGAGAAUCGGACUGGAGGUUACUACACACGGGAUAGUGUUGCUAUCGGAUACGCCUGCAAGGACAUCAACACGGUGCAUUUCGAUCCCAUAUUCUGGACAGCGAUGAAGCAGCUUGAUUUCAGUUUUCACAAGGUCGUUGAUCUGGGCAGCGGCAGCGGUGAACGCUUGAUGGAAAUCCUGAACCGUUACCCUAACACCAAAGGUCUCGGUAUUGAUGUCGCUGCUCCUGCGCUGCAGAAGUCUGCAAACGAUGCGGUGACACGCGGCUUCGGGGAUUGA